AAAGACGUUCAUACGGUUCGGGCCGUUCUCAUCCGUGCACUCCGGCACUCCGGCACUCGUCCUUCCUUCCUCCGCGUAUUUACCUACGUCAACGUGUCCACGGUAAAUCAUCCUCUACGUUCUCUUUGUCCGUUUUCACGCGGUCCGUAUCGUUUGUUCUUUGUAAAGGAACAUUACCUACGCUAAUUAUAAUAUCUGUCGAUAAAAUUAUUCAAAAGUUUUUUUGACAUUUGCAAAAAGAAGAAAAGAAACGUUAUUUUAUAUCGUCAUUGUGAUCGUCGAGGUCGGUGUAACAGUGUAGGAGAGAUUUUAUCUUAAAACAUUUCUUCCGGGUUUACGCGCGAGAUCUUUCGUUGUGCGCAGACAUGUUGAAAAGUACAAACGACGUAUCUUACGUGUGUUAUCGAGAAUUCGCGAGGAUCUUUAUUUGAAAAAAAUACGCACGAUCGUUGUACGUCAGUGUCUCACGUUUCUUUUGUCUUCCUUUCCUGAAUUAUACAGAAGCGACUACGAAGGAUUUGCCAUAAUUUCUGCAUCGUUGAGCAUUGUCGAGCGUGAAGAUCUCGUGGAAGGAUCACGGUGACGUAUAACAAGGGGAAUAACAUAUAAAAAAGAUGCAUCGUACUUGAAGAGAAACGAAAUCUUAACCGAGAAAUCUUUUACGAGACUGUUGAGCGUGUCCACCGCUGCGCCGGCGCGCAUCUACCAUCCACGAUCCGCCAUCCGCACGGUUCACAGGUCGCAGAACACGGGCAAGGAUCGAAAUGGACAAUAAAAGUGAUCCGAAGCAACGAGAGAAGAUCAAGAAGAUGUUCAGUUGGAGCGACGGACUGACCGCUGACGGGACAGCAGGAGGUGGUGUUCUGGGGAACACAGACACUCUAGGAAACAUGCAGAAUAACGGAGAUAGUACCCUGGACAUGACGAUGACGAGCAGCACGGUGUUGGCAACUCCAGGGUUGAACAACCCUGCAUGGAAUCGUCAACAGGCGGUCAGCGUCAGACACGCGUUCAAAACUUACGGCAGUAGCAAAAAUCCGAACCAUGUCAUCCAAAAUCUCAGCAUGACGGUCGCCAAAGGAUCCAUAUACGGUCUUCUUGGAGCUAGCGGAUGCGGUAAAACCACCUUACUCUCUUGCAUCGUCGGUCGGAGGAGAUUAAAUUCAGGCGAGAUCUGGGUACUCGGUGGUAAACCAGGCACCAAAGGAUCCGGAGUUCCUGGAAAAAGGGUUGGUUAUAUGCCACAGGAAAUAGCUCUUUACGGAGAAUUCACCAUUCGAGAGACUAUGAUGUACUUUGGCUGGAUAUUUGGCAUGUGCACCACCGAAAUCGCGGAUAGACUGCGAUUUCUCUUGCAAUUCCUCGAUCUGCCCUCUCAGAAUCGGCUGGUGAAGAAUCUUAGCGGUGGCCAACAGCGACGAGUGUCCUUCGCGGUUGCCUUGAUGCACGACCCUGAACUCUUGAUCCUCGACGAACCGACGGUAGGCGUGGAUCCUCUCCUUCGACAAAGUAUCUGGAAUCACUUGGUGCAAAUAACGAAGGAUGGUAACAAAACGGUGAUCAUAACGACCCAUUAUAUCGAGGAAGCCCGACAGGCACACACGAUCGGUUUGAUGAGGAGCGGUCGUUUGUUAGCCGAGGAAUCUCCCAGGGCUCUCCUAACGAUGUACAACUGCGCCUCCCUCGAAGAGGUCUUCUUAAAAUUAUCCCGGAUACAGGGACAAUAUGCUCAACCAGCAACGGAAUUGAAUAUUUCGAAUAACAUUAGUUUGGCUUCCUUGAAUUGGGGCAAGAAGAACGAACCAGUGUACGUGACAGAAGAGUCGGGUGUGGUGGGACUGAAUUUCCAUCAGAGCAAAGAAGUUCUCAUCCACGAUUCUACGAACGGAGUUGGAAAUCACUACGAUAUGAACGGAAAAACCUUAUCGAGUGUCAAGAGUUCUUCGAUGUUGGAUUGCAACGAUUGCAGUAACUUUACAGAUUUCUACAAGUUUACGAACAAAGGUAAAAUGAAAGCGCUUUUACAGAAGAAUUUCUUACGUAUGUGGAGAAACGUAGGGGUAAUGCUGUUCAUCUUCGCACUGCCAGUAAUGCAAGUGAUCCUCUUCUGUCUGGCGAUCGGUAGAGAUCCAACGGGCUUAAAAUUGGCGAUAGUUAAUCACGAAAUGUUUUACGAAAAUAUGACCUGUCCGAUAUCGGAGGGCUGCAAAUUUGAACAUCUGAGUUGCCGUUAUCUGAAAUUCUUGGACAACGAUACGAUGACAAAGGAGUAUUACAAGAAUCUGGAGACCGCUAAGGACGCGGUGCGCGAUGGAAACGCUUGGGGAACAUUGUAUUUCACUGAAAACUUCACGGAUGCUCUUGUCGCCAGGAUGGCGUUAGGAAGAGACGCUGACGAAGAGACGUUGGAUCAGAGCGAGAUCAGAGUGUGGUUAGACAUGUCCAAUCAACAAAUAGGUCUGAUGUUAGCCAGGAAUCUUCAGUAUUCGUACAGAGAUUUUGCCAAAGAUCUUUUAUCAGCCUGCAACCAGAACACUAAACUAGCCGACGUACCGAUACAGUUUAAGGAUCCGAUUUACGGCACCAGCGAACCCAGUUUCACCGACUUUGUUGCGCCAGGUGUAAUAUUGACAAUUGUCUUCUUCUUGGCAGUGGCCCUGACUUCGUCAGUUUUGAUCAUCGAGAGGAUGGAGGGUCUGCUGGACAGAAGUUGGGUAGCUGGUGUUACACCAGGAGAGAUUCUCUUGUCGCAUGUGAUCACUCAGUUUGUAGUGAUGUGUGGUCAGACUGCAUUGGUGCUUAUUUUCAUGAUUCUGGUGUUUAAUGUCGAGUGUAAAGGAGACAUCGGUUGGGUGAUCGUAUUGACGAUACUUCAGGGUCUUUGCGGCAUGUGCUUCGGGUUUGUAAUUUCUGCGAUUUGCGAACUUGAAAGGAAUGCAAUACAACUGGCUCUGGGCAGUUUCUAUCCUACAUUGCUGUUGAGCGGCGUAAUUUGGCCAGUAGAAGGUAUGCCUACGUUCCUACGUUACAUAUCUCAGUGUUUACCGUUGACGAUGGCCACGACGUCGUUACGUUCCAUGUUGACUCGGGGCUGGAGCAUCACGGAACCGGAUGUGUACAACGGCUUCAUAUCUACGAUCGUUUGGAUAGUUGCCUUCCUCACGAUAAGCAUAAUGGUGCUCAAGUUCAAGCGUGGAUAAAAAUUUAACUGUGCUUGUUCGGUUGGUGAGUUAGAAAAAUCGUCGUUGCUUCGACUCGAACUGUAUCAUCACAUAUCGAUUGGCCAUCUGUGGAAAUUCAUCCGGUUAAUUUCCCCAAGGACGAUCUCGUUGUUACGCCAUCCGUGCGUGCACCUCCACAUGUGAUGCUUCUUGUGCGCUUAGCUUAGUUUAUCUUAGCUUAGUGUGUCCUUUAGUGUGUAAAAAGAGAAACGUGAAUGAUUGUGCGUGCGUAAAACGUGUCUGAUUCUUAGGAAUUCCUUUACCUUCUUCUUUUUUCAUUUUCUAUUCUUCUUCUUCUUCUUCUUCUUCUUUGUCUGUAAUAUAACUUUUAUCUACGGGGCGCAUUUUUUUUUAUCACGGAUAGUUUCUGCAGAAAGUAUUCAUCGUUUCGUUCGAGUUUCUUUUAAUCGAAAGGAAGAACUAAGACGAAUCGUACUUUAAUUGGAUUGGCAGUGUGUCCUUGUAAAUUGAUGCCCCGAAUGUAAAUGGGAUUGCGAGUAAUAAGUUGAUAAGUUAACGAGUAGUUGAUUAGAUAUAGGACGGUCUUACUUGCCCAUGACUUAAAUGUACGUUUUAUUUAACUCUUAACGAUUGAAAAAAUCAAGAUUACUCGUUUUAAAGAAAAACGAAGUGAACAAUUAUAUUACAUAAAGGGAAAUUGUAAAAUAAUCAGGAAAUUUCAUACGAAACCGAAUCGAUUAUCGAGUGAAUAUUGUUAAAAAUAUUAAUAGAUAUUGCACACUACCGUGUGCAAUAUGGUUUUUAAAGCAAGAUAAAUAUGUAUGAUAUUGUAGUAUAUAUGUAUACGAUAUGUAUUCUGUAUUAUUUACGUUCGAGAAAUUUCAAUGUACGAUAUUUGUUAUUUUGUCUUUUCAUUCGAAUCUCAGUACCUUGUCAAAAUUCUAUCAAGGAUGUAACCGAAAGGGUAUAGAAGAGAAAAGGAAAAGCAAAAACAAUGUACAUUUUCGUUUUCUUUAAUUUUCCAUAUAAAAAUGUUUAUAAAAGA